UAUUGUUAGAGAGGUGAUGUAAUUCACGGUGGACUUGAAGCGGACGCGGACGGAAGAUGGUUAUGAGGAGAAAGACAGAGAUUACUGUAGUCCAGCGGCGCCUAGACUGACACCUUUGUUUUGAUCGCGCAAGCAAACUUCCACGAGGGCGCGCGGGAUGUAUUUGUAUCUUUUGUUUAUAUGCGUUCUAGGAAAAUCUGCAGUUCGAUAAACCUCCCGGGCCGCGACUGUAAACCUACAGAAGCCAGCAGCACCGUCGCCCCCUCUCCAGCCCCACUGGUUGGCUCUCCCUCACCGCACUCCGUGUUGACCUCAUCUGGACUAGAGGGAGGGAGAGAGAGAGAGAGCGCGCGCGCGGCUUGCGAUGACAGCUGAGAGAUGAGCAUGGCCAGAUGACCGUGUCAAACACCGACGGUCCCGGGCAGGCGCUCUUACUAAUGCUGUGACACAGUCACGUACUGUUUAUUGCGGAGGAAUGGACAUUUGAUCACUUCAGAGUUCCCGUGAAUGGGCUGAUUUCGGAGUAAUUUCGGAGUUCCAGCUUCUUCGAGCGACUCUUCAAACAUGAAUAAUACGAAGAAUCAGCGAGACAGUGACAUCCAGAAGAAGAUCGACUAUGAGAUCCGAAUGCGUGAGGGUGCGUGUAAGCUGCUGGCCGCAUGUUCUCAGAGGGACCAAGCGCUGGAGGCCUCCAAGAGUCUCCUCACCUGCAACGCCCGCAUCAUGGCCUACAUGUCAGAGCUGCAGCGCAUGAAGGAGGCACAAGUCAUGCAGCGGGUCGCACGCAGGUCUUCUGAUGCAGGUCCAAUGGAUGACCGAUCCCCAUGUAAGGGCAAAGUAGCCAUUUCAGAUCUACGGAUACCUCUAAUGUGGAAAGACACAGAGUAUUUUAAGAAUAAAGGAGAGCUGCACCGGUGCGCUGUGUUCUGCCUGCUGCAGUUGGGUGGUGAGAUCUUUGACACAGACAUGGUGAUGGUGGACAGGACACUGACAGACAUCUGCUUUGACAACACAAUUGUCUUUAAUGAAGCCAGUCCAGGGUUCGAGCUGCGGGUGGAGCUGUAUAGCUGUUGUUCAGAGGAGGACUACUCAGCAGGCAGCACACCGCGGAAGCUGGCCAUCAAGCUGAGCUCAUCUCUGGGAAGGUCAGCAGGAAAGAAAAUGAGGGCGGCAUUGGAGCCCGGAGCCAGCAGCCCCACUAGCAAUGGAGGAGGAGCGGCAAUCCUGCUGCCUGUGCCCUCUGUACCGGGGCCCAAAUAUCAUCUUUUGGCUCACACAACCCUCAAUCUCUCUCACAUCCAGGACGGCUUCCGCACACAUGACCUCACAAUCACUGGAAAUGAGGAGUGUUCGUACUGGCUGCCUCUGUAUGGCGGUGUGUGUUGUCGUCUGGCCGCUCAGCCUCACUGUAUGACACAGCAGAUGAUGAGUGGUUGUCUGAGGGUAAAGCUUGGAGGUGAGCCACAAGGAUGGACAAAUGUCUAUGGUGUUUUAAAAGGAACAAAUCUCUUCUGUUAUCAUCAAAAAGAGGACAUGGGGGCCAAUGUGGAGCCUGUUUUAACGAUUGGGAUUAACAAAGAGACGAGAAUACGGGCCGCAGAGAAGGAUCCUCACAGCAAGGCACAGAAUAUCUGUAUCACUAACCAGUAUGGAGGAGAGGAGGUGAUGCACACACUAGCAGCAGACAGCAGAGAGGACACACAGCGCUGGAUGGAGGCCUUCUGGCAGCAGUUCUAUGAUAUGAGCCAGUGGAGGCAGUGCUGUGACGACCUGAUGAAGAUUGAGCUGCCUUCGCCACGCAAACCUGCCAUAUUCACCCCGAAGCAGGGCUCCCUGUACCAUGAGAUGGUUAUUGAUACAUCUGAUGACAUUGGAACAGUCACUGACAUCCUGGCUCGUCGUAUUGAAGAGUUUGAGCUGAGGGCCCAGCUCGGAUCUCCGCCUCACUGGAUGUCCUUGUUUGAUGAAGAUCCCCCGAGAUCCCCUCACAGCCAUCAGCACCUUCCGCCCCACUCACCCAGUCCUCGCCUGCACAGUCGCCAGCCCCGCAGCCCACGCUGCCACCGCACACCCGGCCUUCUCUCCUCCAACGCCAGCCUGACCUCAGACAGCGACAGUCCCGCCAGUGUCAGCCCCUGCUUCCGCCAGGCAUGGUCCUCGGACACCUCUUCCACCUCGGGUCGCUUCCGCCCCCGUACCCUCUCCCUGGAUGCCAAGCUCUCCACUCUGCGCGCUCGGGGCUAUGGUGGCUUCCAGUGCAACUGCCAGCCACCCACCGCCGGCUCUGGGUCUCCUCGCCCCACUCAGACUGCUCUGUCCUGCUCUAGUUCCACUUCCAGCAGCAGCUCCAGUGAGGGAAGCAACAGUCAAGAGUCAGACCUGGGCUUUUCUAGACCGCCCGGCGCACGCCACAGCUUGAGGAAUGUGAGAGCUAAGCUAGACCCCAGGAACUGGCUGCAGAGUCAGGUGUAGCUGUUACACUUCCUCUGGUUACUGUCAGAGCCAUCACAACUUCCUGUGUCUCCCUGGAAAAAACUGGAAUACCUGAGGUCAUGUGUGCUCAAUGUCCGUCAUUGCAUUUUCUUUACAUAAUAAUGGAGAGCAACAUAAAAAAUAACAAUUUUCUUCUGCCUUUUAAAGGAGCCUCCACAGUGGGAAUCCAAUACUAUUAGUUAUAUAAUACACUACUAAUAUAUAUAGCAGUACACAUUGUCUCUUCAUGAAAAGCUCAUUAUUUUGGAUCUUUUGAGAGCGUAGUUGUUUUAUGUGAGACCGAUUUUUACAGUGUUUUUAGACUGGAUUGAAGCAGUAGCUUUCUGGCCAGUCAUUGUGUCUGUGUGCACUGUUUUAGAUAUAUGGUUUAGAAAGUGCUGUCAGGGUCAAGUCUGCUGAGUAUUCAUCAUUACGCACAUUAAGCCUGGCAAAUACACUACCGUUUGGGGUCAGUGAGAUUUUUAAAUGUUUCUGAGAAUUUUUUAAAGUCUCGUAUACUCAACAAGGCUGCAUU